AAUCCAGUAUAAUUCCAGAAAAACACCAGCAGCCAUCCCUCUCACUGUUACUACCAUCUUCCCAUCCGUCAUCUCCUCUUCCUCCGACUGCUCCACUUCCCAACAUGGCAACUGUGUUUGUUCUCCGGCCGUGUCGCUGAGCCGCCGCUCUGGACCGCCACCAUGGAGAAAAAACGCAGAAAGAAAUUAAUCUAGCUGCCCAGGCUGUUUGCAAAAUGGACUCAUUUUUGGAGCUGUGGACCUGAAAAUGCUCCGUCUCGGCCUCUGAUAUGAUAACACAGUUCGUGCUACUUUCUUUACGAGCCAAAAUGGUUCUAUUCUUGUUGCUGGCAUCCACACUUUUGGGAACGCUGGCAGGCCUUUUGCCUGUGGUGGGGAUGGGGUCAGAACGGGAGGCAAACGCCAGAUCUGACUAUCAGCCCCCCAACCUGCAGCCCCUCCCCUCGCCAGCCAGUUCAAACUGCUCCCAGUUGACCCUGAAACUGGAGUUUUCUUCUGAGGUGGUAGAACACGAGUACAUCGUAGCGUUUACAGGGUACUUCUCAGCCAAGGCCCGCAGCCUGUACAUCAGCAGUGCCUUGAGGGGAGUUGGAGACAAAAAGCUAGAGUGGCACAUCGUUCCCAGAGAGAACCCGGCUUCAGACUUCCCUAGCGACUUCGAGUUGGUCCACAUCAAGCAAGCUUCGUCCAGCAGCCUGCUGACCUUAGAGGAUCACCCUUACAUCAAGAGGGUGACGCCGCAACGCAAAGUUUUCCGAUCCCUCAAGUACAUUCCCUCACCUGAACCUGCUGCACCCUGCAACGGCACACAUGACUCCCAAAAAUGGCAGUCAUGGCAGUCUUCUCGACCCUUCAGGCGAACCAGCCUGUCGCUCGGCUCGGGUUUUUGGCACGCCACCGGUCGCCACUCCAGCCGCCGGCUGCUGCGUGCCAUCCCCCGCCACGUUGCUCAGAUCCUGCAGGCAGAUGUUCUGUGGCAGAUGGGACACACAGGUUCUGGUGUAAAGGUAGCGGUUUUUGACACAGGGCUGAGUGAGAAGCAUCCACAUUUUAAGAACGUGAAGGAACGAACAAACUGGACCAAUGAAAAGACUCUGGAUGAUGGCCUGGGCCAUGGGACGUUUGUAGCAGGAGUUAUAGCCAGUAUGAGGGAGUGUCAGGGCUUCGCCCCUGACUCUGAGCUCCACAUCUUCAGGGUGUUCACAAACAACCAGGUUUCCUACACCUCAUGGUUUCUGGAUGCUUUCAACUAUGCCAUCCUGAAGAAAAUUGAUGUUUUGAAUCUCAGCAUUGGUGGACCUGACUUCAUGGACCAUCCUUUUGUUGAUAAGGUGUGGGAGCUGACUGCCAACAAAGUGAUCAUGGUUUCUGCUAUCGGCAACGACGGACCUCUGUAUGGCACCUUGAACAAUCCAGCUGACCAGAUGGAUGUGAUUGGAGUUGGAGGGAUUGAUUUUGAGGACAACAUAGCCAGGUUUUCCUCCAGAGGCAUGACAACUUGGGAGCUUCCGGGGGGUUACGGCAGAGUAAAGCCCGAUAUCGUGACCUACGGUUCAGGGGUUCGAGGCUCAGGGUUGAAGGAGGGAUGCCGCUCGUUGUCUGGUACCAGCUUGCCUUCUCCUGUGGUUGCCGGUGCCGUCACCCUUUUGGCCAGCACCGUUCUCAACCGGGAGCUGGUGAACCCUGCCUCCAUGAAACAGGCUCUGAUUGCCUCGGCUCGCAGGCUGCCCGGGGUCAACAUGUUUGAGCAGGGCCACGGGAAACUGGACCUGAUCCGAGCAUAUCAGAUCCUGAACAGCUACAGACCCCAGGCCAGUCUCUCUCCCAGCUACAUCGACCUGACAGAGUGUCCAUACAUGUGGCCUUACUGCUCUCAGCCAAUCUACUACGGAGGAAUGCCCACCAUCGUUAACGUAACCAUCCUCAAUGGCAUGGGGGUCACAGGCAGGAUCAUCGACAAGCCCAUCUGGCAGCCGUACCUGCCUCAGAACGGUGACAACAUCGACGUGGCCGUCUCAUACUCACCUGUGCUGUGGCCGUGGGCCGGUUACCUGGCCGUGUCCAUCUCUGUGGCCAAGAAAGCUGCAUCGUGGGAGGGCAUUGCUCAAGGUCAUAUAAUGGUGACAGUUGCCUCUCCUGCAGAGAAUGAUUCAGAAGUUGGAGGGGAGCUUACGUCUACAGUCAAGCUACCCAUAAAAGUAAAGAUCGUGCCCACUCCACCUCGCAGUAAGAGGGUGCUGUGGGACCAGUACCACAAUCUGCGCUACCCACCCGGCUAUUUUCCCCGUGACAACCUCCGCAUGAAGAACGACCCACUGGACUGGAAUGGGGAUCACAUCCACACCAACUUCAGGGACAUGUACCAGCAUCUGAGGAGCAUGGGCUACUUUGUGGAAGUUCUGGGAGCACCUCUGACAUGCUUCGACGCCAGCCAGUAUGGCACACUGUUAAUGGUGGACAGUGAGGAAGAGUAUUUUCCUGAAGAGAUCACCAAGCUGAGGAGAGACAUUGACAACGGCCUGUCGCUCAUCAUCUUCAGCGACUGGUACAACACCUCGGUGAUGAGGAAGGUCAAGUUCUACGAUGAAAACACCAGACAGUGGUGGAUGCCGGACACAGGGGGCGCUAAUGUGCCAGCCUUGAACGACCUGAUCUCAGUCUGGGGGAUGGCUUUCAGCGACGGGCUGUAUGAGGGGGACUUCACCCUGGCUGAUCAUGACAUGUAUUACGCCUCAGGCUGCAGCAUUGCCCGUUUCCCAGAAGAUGGAAUUGUAAUUGCCAAGAACCUGAAAGAUCAAGGUCUGGAAGUAUUGAAGCAGGAGACUGCUGUGGUCGAGGGAAUUCCCAUCCUGGGACUGUACCAAACCCCUUCAGAGGGGGGAGGUCGGAUAGCUCUGUAUGGAGACUCAAACUGCAUUGACGACAGUCACAGACAAAAAGACUGUUUCUGGUUGCUGGAUGCUCUGCUGCAGUAUACUUCUUACAGUAUGACUCCUCCCAGCCUCAGCCACUCCCACAGCAGAGUGGCGCCUCCUGCAGGUGCAGAGCGGCCACUGCCCCAGAGACUGGAAGGGAACCACCUGUACCGUUACUCCAAGGUUCUGGAGGCUCACCUGGGUGACCCCAAGCCACGCCCCCUACCAGCGUGUCCCCACCUAUCCUGGGCAAAGCCACAGCCACUCAAUGAGACGGCCCCCAGUAACCUUUGGAAGCACCAGAAGCUUCUCUCAGUGGAUCUGGACAAAGUGGCUGUGCCUAACAUGAAGUCAUACCGUCCCCAGGUCCGACCCCUGUCCCCUGGGGAGAGCGGGGCCUGGGACAUUCCCAGGAGGGAUAAUGCCAGGGUCGCUACAACCAAGAAGUUGGUCAGACCAUCCCCGUGUUCGCCUUCCUGGGAGCGAUGGUUGUUUUGUCAUUUUUCGUGGUUCAGCUCACUAAAGCCAAGAGCAAACCGAAGCGCAGGAAACCCCGGAUCAAACGGCCCACAUACCUCCAGCAGCAGACAGCGACAGCUGGGAAAAACCCCACUGUGUGACUGCAUAUUUGCACUGCUGCCGAAUAGCUGGGCCCAACUCCAGAACUGAGACGUUGAAGAGAUAAGUCAGAGGAGUUGAACUGCUUGGGCAGACUGUUGGACUGCUUUUUAAAGCUCGCCAGACAUCUCCUGGAAACUUUUUUUUUUUUUUUUUGUGCCUCUUGUCCGUUUAAGGCUGUCGUUGGUGUUUUGUGUAUUUGUGGACCAAUGAACAGUGUUAGACAAAACCCAAGUCUGGUACCCCAAAGGUCCAGCUACAGUCCAAGUACACAUUGUGUCAACAUUUCCUUUUCUCUUCUUUGACCAAAUGGGUUCUUUAUAAGUAAAAUAUCUUACUUUUAUAUUUAUUGAAUUUGUUCUUACCCUAAAACAUAUGUGUUACACUUGUCAGUAACUCUUUAAAUAGUUGGCACACAAACAGGAUAAAAUUGCCUGAUCCCUGGUUUUUCAAGUCCUGCCCCUAUCUGUUGAACAUCACUGUUGUUUUCAUAUUUUAUACAGUCAGUAUAUCUGGUCAGGCUUUCUGUUGAAAUCCUCCCUUUUGGACUCCAGUGUCUUCAACAGACUUGGUCAGAUAUCGCAUCAAUAAUAAAAAAAGCAUCAUCAAAGG